CCUAAAAUAUAAACAUUUUACUCAUUGGUGGUGCAGAGAAUCCGGCGGUUAGUGAAACAGAGUGGGGCGCGUCUUUUCCUGCGUCCCUGUAAUUGGAGUAGCAGUCCGACCUGUUUGCCUUGUCUACUCCCUCAACUUUCUUUAGGCUUUUUACAGCAGUGAGCUCAACACACUUCAUACUGACAGAGGAGAGGAGAGGGGCAGGACAUGGACAGGGACAGACUAAAUGGACAGGACAUCCCAUUGAAUAAGCUGGAUGAUAUAGAGGCUGCGACAACCACUUCCAAAAAAGUAUAUCGUCCAAUCAACAUCAACCAUUAUGCCACAAAGAAGAGUGCGGCUCAGAGCAUGCUGGACGUGGCCCUGCUGAUGGCCAACUCUUCCCAGCUGAAGACUGUUCUCUACGUGGGGCCUCAGUACCGAUUCUACAUCCCACUUAUCGUCCUGUUGUCUUUGUCCAUCACGCUGCAGGUGGCAGUGGGACUGCUUCUAGUCUUCAUUGUGAAGUACGAUCUCAACGAUGUGAGGAAACACAAAAAGUUGGACAGGAUGAACAACGUGGCCACAGUCUUUGUCUUCUUCACAGUUCUCAUUAACAUCUUCAUCACAGCACUAGGUUUUGAGGGCUACAGUGGCAGGUCGUCAUCAUCAUCACCUGUGGUGAUAACAGAGCCAAAGCUCACUGUGCUGCCAAACGACCUGAAUAUGACCGGUAUCAAUUGAACCUGUCUCCGGACCAGUGGUACGUCAACUACCUGCGUUUUUUCCAAUGAAGCCUUGGGAUCAGAGUAGUGAGAAGUAUGAGCACAGCAGGACCAGGUGGAACAGGUUUUUAUUAUCCAAUGCAAUCUUAUCUCCGAUAAGUUCACCAAGUAAUACCUCGACAUUAGCGGCUAUCAACUGUAUCUUCAAUUCAGCAUUACAGCUGUAAGAGGAUAGAGGAUUUCUGAGACGGUACUUGUUGGACUUUUGCUCUUUUCCAAAACACACAGAAAACACACACACACUGUCCAUACACAUUAUAGACACAGACUGUUUAAAGCUUCUGUCUUGUACAAUAAUUUAUUUAGAUUGUUUUUGUACAAGUCAUACAUUGGUGGAUGUAAACUGUAUCGUUGUUGUGCGCGUAAAUAUAUUUUUCUAACAACUUUGAAAAUUUCUCCUAUUUACUAGAAAUACACACUUAUUUAUAACUUGUAAUUAGCUCUAACCUUCCUUAUUUCUACAAUUACAUUUUAAGGAUUCCAGUAGCACUGAACAGACUCACGCACUUCUAAGCACAGUGUCAGGACUUGACGUGACUCAAGCCCCAGACAUUUUAGAAAAAUUAUGGGUAUUGUUAUCCUAAAUACAGGUGUCAAACUCAGGCCCGCGGGCCAAACUGGCCCAUGGUGUAAUUAUAAUUGGCCCACAAGAUCAUAUCAAAUGUGUAUUAGAGCGGGUAUUAUAGCCGCUAUAUUCUGGCAGAAUUUGUAGUAUUAGCAGUGUAUGCACUAUAUCAUAUCAUAUGCAUUUUUGGUUGGUUGUUUUGCAUGUGUUUAUUAUAUUAAGCUUUGAUCGUUCCAGAUUUAAUGUUUACGCAAAACUAAAGUGUUUCCAAAAAAUUCAUUACAAUCUGGAGAGAAGGGAAAACAUGAACGAUUGCAAUCAAUUUUUCAGUGAGUAUUGACUUUGACCCAUGACGUCAUCCCAGUUUUUAGUUUUGGCCGACUGUGAAUUUGAGUUUGACACCGCUUGUUUAAUACAUCAGUGCAAAUGAGUAUUAGAUGAACAAAAGGGCAAAAUUAAAUCAUCAAUGACCUCUAGCUGCGGGCCAAACAUGUGGGUUUUCAGGCCAGAAGUGUCCCACAGACCAGAAGUUUGAGACCCCUGCUGUAAAUACUGUAACCACUGUUGGCUAGUUUGACUCAUUUGCCUGUGAAUGUGGAGAAUGUGAAGAAUCAAACAAUGGCAAUAAUGGCAUAACUGAAAACUGAGUUAUAUUUGAAAUAUCAGCCAAAUAAAAACGUCUAAAAUUAGAAUACCUUACUUCCUGUUGUUCCCUUAAAAUACAUUUGUACUUAUUUUGAAAAAAAAAAAAUUCUGUCUUUCUAGAAAGCAUGUUCCUCUGUGGCAGAAAUGCU